AUGACCUGGGGCGGGAAGAUGCUUCGACUCGCAGCCACCUCCAGUGCGUCCUCUGAGGCUGUUCUUUCUGAAAUGGCCAAAAGGAGGAGAGUCAACGUCUCCUGCAUUGAGCCAUUCCUAAAGAAUCAGCGUCGAUGGGAGCAGCUGAGGGACUUGUCUGAGAAAAUGGCCGCCCCUCGAGCAACAACUCGAGAUCGAGAGUUCAGCUGGAGGCGCAGCAGCGAGAGGCCAAGCUGGAGGAGGCGCAUGCAGCGAGAGGCCAAGCUGGAGGAGGCGCAGCAGCGAGAGGCCAAGCUGGAGGAGGCGCAGCAGCGAGAGGCCAAGCUGGAGGAGGCGCAGACGGACGAAAAUCAGAUGCGGAGGCAGUUUUCAGAGGCCAUCCAGUUGUGUGAAUCUCUCUCCUCGGAAAAGGAUUUGUUGCUUGUGGAGCGCGAUUACCUCAAAGAGGAGCUGGGGCUGUCUCUGGAGCAGAUUCAAACACUUGAAAAAGAAAAAUCUUCUCUUUGCAAAAAACUUGAGGAAAAACAAGAAACGGACGAGUUUGAAAUGUUGGAAGCACAAAUCCGGAAAGAUGAUGAGGUUUGA